AUGGGUUUUAUGUCAAGUAAAGAACAAUCAAUGGCAAAAGCUAUUGAAAAUCAAGAUAUAGAAGCACUCAAAACAAUGAUAAGAGGUUAUACAUCUGAAGAAAUGCAUACUAUAUGUAAAUCUCUUGUACCUGGAAAUAAUAAUCAAUGUACAAUGCUUCAUUUUGCAACAUGGCAAGAUAAUCCAGAAUUAUUAGAAUUAUUCUUAGAUUAUGUUGAUGAUUUAGAAGUACGUGAUGGUCUUGGUUGGACACCUUUAGGGACAGCUGUUAACCGACAUAGUAAAGAAAAUGUGAAAUUAUUAUUAAAACAUAAUGCAAAAGUUGAUUGUGAUGGUACUCAAGGCAUGGAUCUCAUUGCUAAUGCUAUGAGUUGUAAUGAUAUUGAACUUAUUCAAAUUCUAAUGGAUCAUGGUGCUCAAGUAACAACAACAUCAGAAACACAAAAUGGAUGUUAUCUAUUACAUUUUGCUAUUGAUGAUGGUUUUAUGGAUAUAGCUAAAUUAUUAGUUGAAAGAGGCAAAAUACCAAUUGAUUUACUUGAUCAAUCAGGUUGGAGUGCACUUCAUUUAGCUGCAGGUCAUAAUUUUUCAGAUAUGGUAAAAUUUCUUGUAGAAAAUGGAGCAGAUAUUAAUAUUAAAGAUUUUAAUGGAAAUACACCGUUAGCAUGGGCCAGAGAAAUGAAUUCGAAAGAAGUUAUCGAUGAACUCGAAAGACUUGGUGGUAAAGCUGAUACAGAAUGGCAUGGGGAAAAAUUAAGUUUAAAUCAUUAUCAGAAACUGACUGAGGAAAAACAAGGUAUUAUCAAUAGUGAAUUUGAAAUGGAAGGUGCCGAAGGAAACAAAUCUUCUAAUGAUAAUGAUUCAAAUUUAAUCGAUGCACUUCAACGUCUACAGUCAACUUGA